CACAUUUCCGCAACGUGCACCCCCUCCUCCUCCAAUCCCUCCCAUUUUCUACCGCUUGCUUUUCCAGCUGCUUCGAGGCCAGUCAGAAUCCGUGAAACUCUCCGGCGAUCAGACGCACGGACGCGGGGAACGGGUGCUGAAAAGCAAGUGGAGCAAGUCAUUAUGCUGCUCGGUCUGUCGAGAUCCGUCGGCGGGUGACUAAAACACAGCUUGAAGGGCUGGAACUGCCUCUUGCUGGAACAAGCCGUGGAUAUUUGCCCAAGGAAAGGGUUAUUUGUUUGGGAGGAAACUCUUCCCGUGCGCGCUCUGUUUUGAUCGCGUUGACGGCGGAAUCACGUUUGGAAUCUUUGGGCUCGGACGAUGAGCAUUUGUUGUGUUCGGCUUUUGGGAUUUCCAGCCUGAGCAACGUGGAAAAAUUUCUGGGAUGCACUGGCCGCAGUAAGACCACCUGGAAAUCUGAAAAGCCCCCCGAAUAAAACACUUCACAAACUUCACAAACAUCCUCGUAACUGAACUGCUGAUAUUUCGGACCAUCACUGAAAAUGUCGAAUCCUUCUGUGAAGUUCAAAAAGGAUAAAGAGAUCAUUACAGAGUACGAGACUCAAGUCAAAGAGAUUCGAGCCCAACUGGUGGAACAGCAGAAAUGUCUGGAGCAGCAGACAGACAUGAGGGUCCAGCUCCUUCAGGACCUCCAGGACUUCUUCCGCAAGAAGUCAGAGAUCGAGAUGGAGUACUCACGCAACCUGGAGAAGCUCGCCGAACGCUUCAUGGCCAAGACCAGGAGUACCAAGGACCAUCAGCAAUAUAAGAAAGACCAGAAUCUCCUGUCUCCGGUCAACUGCUGGUACCUGUUGCUGAACCAGGUUCGACGGGAGAGCAAAGACCAUGCGACACUGAGUGACAUUUAUUUGAACAACGUCAUCAUGCGCUUCAUGCAGAUUAGUGAAGACUCCACACGUCUUCUCAAAAAGAGUAAAGAAAUCACCUUUCAGAUGCAAGAGGAUUUGAUGAAAGUCCUCAACGAGCUCUACACGGUGAUGAAAACCUACCAUAUGUAUCACACGGAGAGCAUCAGUGCCGAGAGCAAACUGAAAGAGGCUGAGAAGCAAGAAGAAAAGCAGAUUGGACGUGUUGGAGAUCCCGUGUUUCACAUCCGAUUAGAGGAUAGACACCAGAGACGGAGUUCUGUGAAGAAGAUUGAGAAGAUGAAGGAGAAGAGGCAGGCCAAGUACUCAGAGAACAAGCUGAAGUCGAUCAAAGCUCGGAAUGAAUACCUGCUGACGCUCGAAGCCACUAAUGCUUCAAUCUUCAAGUAUUACAUUCACGACUUGUCUGAUUUGAUAGACUGUUGUGAUCUGGGAUAUCACGCCUCUCUGAACCGAGCUUUGCGGACCUACCUCUCGGCCGAAUAUAACCUUCAGACAUCUCGUCACGAGGGUCUGGACAUCAUUGAAAACGCAGUGGACAGUCUGGACCCACGUAGUGACCGGCAACGCUUCAUGGAAAUGUACCCCACUGCCUUCUGCCCACCCGUCAAAUUUGAGUUCCAGCCACAUAUGGGAGAUGAGGUGUGUCAGAUCACGGCCCAGCCUCCAGUGCAGGGAGAACUCCUCCUGAGGUUCCAGCAGCUUCAAUCCCGUCUGGCCACCCUAAAUAUCGAGAACGAAGAGAUAAAGAAGACCUCAGAGGCCACUCUCACUACUAUCCAGGACAUGGUGACCAUCGAGGACUAUGACGUGUCCGAAAGUUUCCAUCACAGCCGCUCUACUGAAUCGGUCAAGUCCACCGUGUCAGAAACCUACCUCAGCAAGCCAAGCAUCGCCAAGAGACGCGCCAACCAACAGGAGACAGAGCAGUUCUAUUUUAUGAAGUUCCGCGAGUAUUUGGAGGGCAGCAAUCUCAUCACAAAGCUUCAGGCAAAGCAUGAUCUACUGAAGAGGACCCUCGGUGAUGGUUACCGGCCUGAGUAUGCAACUACAAGGCCUCCCAGUCUUCCUCCUAAACCGUUUGGCACACUGAGACCCAGACCACGCUCUGUAUUUAACGUUAAGCUGUUUAAUGGCAAUUUGGAGUCAUUUGUUAAGGACUCUGGACAAGCAAUACCAAGAGUUGUUGAGAGCUGUAUUCGAUUCAUCAACCUGUAUGGCCUCCAACAUCAAGGAAUAUUCAGAGUAUCUGGAUCUCAAGUUGAAGUCAAUGAUAUCAAGAACUCUUUUGAAAGAGGUAACGAUCCCCUGGCAGACGAAGAGAAUAACCAUGAUAUAAACUCUGUUGCGGGUGUUUUGAAACUCUACUUUCGAGGUUUGGAGAACCCUCUGAUUCCAAAUGAAAGAUUCAAUGAUCUCAUUUCUUGUGUCAGAAUAGACAAUCUGUAUGAGAGAGCGCUGUAUAUACGUAAGAUACUUCUAACUGUACCCAGAUCAGUCCUUGUGGUCAUGCGAUAUCUGUUUGCCUUCCUCAACCACUUGUCCCAGUACAGCGAUGAAAAUAUGAUGGACCCCUAUAAUCUGGCCAUCUGCUUUGGCCCCACCCUCAUGCCCACUCCAGAAACUCAGGACCAGGUCUCCUGCCAGGCCCAUGUCAAUGAGGUCAUCAAAACCAUCAUCAUCCAUCACGAGACCAUCUUUCCUGACACAAAGGAGCUUGACGGCCCCAUGUACGAGAAGUGUAUGGCAGGCGGAGACUAUUGUGAGAGUCCAUACAGUGAGCAUGGAGCUCUUGAGGAGGUUGAUCAGGAUAGAGGAACGGAGAACCACACCAGUGAGGAUGAGGGGGAGCCCAUUGAAGCCAUCGCAAAAUUUGAUUAUGUGGGCCGCUCCGCGCGGGAGCUGUCCUUUAAGAAGGGUGCAUCUCUACUGCUGUAUCAAAGAGCGUCAGAUGACUGGUGGGAGGGCAGACACAACGGCAUAGACGGCCUAGUGCCUCACCAGUACAUCGUUGUACAGGAUAUGGAUGACACAUUCUCUGACUCUCUGAGCCAGAAGGCGGACAGUGAGGCCAGCACUGGACAUGGAGGAGAGGAGAAAUGCUCCAGUAGAGGCAUUGGGUCUCCAACAGACAGCAGAACACCUGAUGCUUACAUCAGCAGGCACAGGAAGAGAAGUGACCCUCCGACCCGCAGGCCUCCAGCUCGCCCCAGUGACUCCCACUGUUUGGUCCACCCCUCCCAGGGCCACCAAUUCAAUCAUAGCAGUCACGGCAACCCAGAUUUGGGAUCCCCAAUGAUGGGCCACUACAGUCCUCGGGACCUGCUGAGAGGAAGAGGACACAUGCCCUUGGAUAGUCCUGAGAGACGUAGACGGACCGGCCACGGCAGUCUGACCAACAUCAGCCGGCACGAGUCCAUAAAAAAUAUGGAGAGCCCUCCCAUCCGCAGGUCCACAUCUUCAGGACAGUACACAAGCUUCACCGAGCCUCACGGCAAGAGCCUGGAUCCAGAGAGCAUCGCACAGGACAUAGAGGAGACGAUGAACACUGCUCUAAAUGAGCUGAAGGAGCUGGAACGGCAGAGUUCUGCUAAACACGCCCCUGACGUGGUGCUGGACACCCUGGAGCCGAUGAAGAACGCUCCCACCCCGGCCAGCUCCACCGAGUCCCUGAGCCAACUCCACGGCCUCCUGCUGCGGCCCGCCGUCACGGAGCCGCCCAUGCGCCGCAGCACCAGCUCCUCCAGCGAUACCAUGAGCACCUUCAAGCCCGCCGUGGCCCCGCGCAUGGGGGUGCAGCUCAAGCCCCCCGCCCUGUGGCCCAAACCCGUGGUGGCGAUACCCAAAACAGGAGCAGCACAGCAUCCGGCUGCCCCUCCACAGGAUCCACUGGACAAAUCAUGCACCAUGUGAUUCACUGUGGGCGAAACGUUCAUGGACAAAGAAGUAUAUAAGAUUAGGACCACUGCUAUCAGAGCCAGAUUUAUAGUGGAAUUUUAUGCCAAUGAACAUGGUGACGUGUGGUUCUUUAUGCAACAUUUCAUUCACUUUAGAGAGUGGACUAAAGCAGAUAUAGAUAACUAAUUAUACUAGAAAUCCCUUACUCUGGUUAAUGAGGUGACUGUAGUUUUGAAAAUAGUGUGUAUACAAUUCCAACACUAUUAUAGGGAUUAUUAAUAAACUAGAAUAACAUCAGUCAUUAAGCAUGGUUUUGAGGAAGAAUAGAGUUAGUUAAACAGGUGUUUACUAUUAUAGAGAGUUAGUCAAUUCAAACAAACAUUUUUAGAUAGUCUAGACACCUGCAACUAAUGGAAAGCAGUUGAUUCGUAUCACAAAACUGUUUGCAUGCUUGUCUGACACCUUGUUAUUUUUCCCACAUUACGCUGUGUGUAUAGAUUAAGGAGUUGUGACCAUGAUAUUAAAGAAAGCAACAAAUCACUACAGCUUGUUAAGGGUGACUCUAUAUCAGUACUUUACCUCCACUAGAAAAACUGCUAAAUGUGAAUAAUACAGAAACCAAGCAGGGUCUUGGGUUUCUCUGUUUACAACUUAAGGACUGUGGGAAAUGUGUCUUUACAUCUCAGAGUGUUUUCUAGUCAGGACUCUUUGAAAUGAAUGUUGAGGUUGGAAACACACUGCCAUAUAAGGGCAUGUGAUGUCACAUCUUCUGCCCGUCUUGAUUGGCUGUCGAUGUUAAGCGAUUCUAAGUGGUGUCAAGCAAGGCUUUACUUUGAAUAUUAUAUUUUUGAUAGUAAUAUUUGAAUAUAUGCCCAGGGAGAUUGUGUAAACCACAUCCGAUGGCAUUGAAGAAAAAUUUUCCUAGUUUAGUUUUUUUCUCUUCACUUGAUUUCUUAUUUAGAAAGAUAGAAAUAUAUAAUAUGUAUAUAAAUGUACAUCCACUAAACCUUUUUUUUUUAUCUUUGUUCAUUACUUUCUCCCAGGAACCAUCUGCUCACUCUAAAACAAUAUUUUUGUAGUAUCUAUCUGCUUAAUUAGAAGUAAUCCGUGAAUAGUCAAGUCUAGCUGCCAAAAAAAAAGUGAAGUUCUUUAAGUGCUACUUAGAGAUUGAUGCGUAUAGGCAACGAGAAUCUUUUCCUUGUCAGCUUAGCUGUCUAAAAUGCUCAGCUUGGUUCUGUCCUAUAAGCAUGAAUGAUAACCCUUUUAGUUUUCUUAUGCAAGUACUUUACUAAAAACCUUUGAGGCAAUAUUUCUUGUUGGUUCACCAAACAAGGUAAUGAUGCCAAUAGCCAUGGACUCAGAGACUGUUACUGCAGUGCUAUCGUGGGAUAGUGCUGUUUCUUAUGUGUGCUAGAGGCCCAUUAACCCUUUGUAAUAAUGUCACACACAGCACAGCACAGCACCACACCCAAAUUAAGUCAGUCACGCGAGGUACCCAAAGACAAAGAGUUAUAACUGUGAGUCAUCACAGUCACUCCCAUGUAUUUGCACUCCAAAAUUAAAGAUUUGGGAUUUCAUAUAUAUAGUAUAUCUGAUGUUAUCUGUGCAUCGACAUUCACAUUAUUAUGACAGUUUGACAAUAGCUUAGUGUGUGUGUGUGUGUGUGUGUGUGUGUGUGUAAUUGUACUGUAUUAACUGAUGAUUAAACAACGGUUUACUCAUAUUUAAAUAGAAUAUGCUAUGAAAUGUGUUUGGAUGAUGUCCAUCGCCAAACCAAGGGGAUAAACUGUACCAACUUUAAGUAAAAAUAUAAGCAAUGCCUGUUUUUAACAUACUAAAGCCUUUUGAUUACCGAUUUACACUGAACAAUAUUACAAACGAUUUGUAAUAGUGUUUUUAUUUUAUUUUAAUUUUUAAGAGUGUAUAUUAGGCAAGCCUUUAGAAAUGUUCUCCCUGCAAAACUACACACAGUAACAGAAUCUCUGUACCUAUUUGCUGUUAUAUCAGUGUCCAUGUACAAUGUACUUGUGAAAGUGCCUUUAAAAACUGUUUUAGAGGAACUUCGUCCAAACGUCCUCUGUGCUGUGGCGUUCUCAUUACGGAUCCACUAUACCGAGUUGCUAGGGAUUGCGGUAAAUAAGUUAUUUCUAACGUUGUUCUGUUUAUUAAGUUGUAAGAAUGAUCAAAUUAUAAAGAUCCAUUGUGACAUUGCACUUUUAUGUGAGACUGUAUAUUUGGCAUGUAACAUCCUAAGUUGUAGAGCUCUUGGAGCUUUUCUAAUAAAGAACACAGCUUGGUCAGUUCGCUGA